GGCAGGCAGGUUUUCACUUUUGUAGCUUCCAUUUGGUAUUUUAUAUUUAUAAGAUACGUAUGUCAAUGGAUAGAAAAUUUACUUUGUAGCAACCGUCUUUAGUACCAUUUUUUUUAAUUUCGUAUUGAGUUUUACUUUAAUAGACGAAUGUUUAAUUGACCAAGUUACAUCACUUAACAAAUCACUCUAAAAUUAUGAUAUUUAACAGAUUGUUGUUAAGUAAUUACGUUGCCGCUAAUUAAUUUAUAAUUGUUGUGAGAAUAAAUUUUCCAAAUAAAUUAUUUUUCUCACACGCAUUAAAUUUCAUUAGCUUUGCGCAAUUCAAUAAAAUCAAAUGGAUGUAAUUAAUAAAAAAUCAUUGGAAGUUGGGACAAACAAAACUGUCGAAAAUUAUCGCGUUUACAAACGUCGAUGGUUUAUACUAUUUAUAUUUUUUGUACUGUAUUUUGUGGGAUCUAUACAAUGGAUCCAAUAUACAAUAAUUGAAGAUGUCGUUAUGGACUAUUAUGGUGUUAGUGCAAGUACAGUUAAUUUAACAUCGGUUAUAUUUUUGUUGACGUAUUUGCCAUUAAUUGUUCCUGUUUCAUAUGUUAUUAACAAAAAGGGUAUCAGAUUUUCUAUGAUUGUUGCGGCGACUGGACACUGUAUUGGGUCAUGGAUCAAGGUAUUUUCCACACACCCAAACGGCUUUUGGAUUGGAUUUGUAGGUCAAACGUUUGUUGCUGUGACUCAGGUAUUUGUCGUAAGUAUGCCAGCAAAAUUUGCUGGCAUUUGGUUUGACAGCACUCAGAUGAGUACAGCAUGCACAAUUGCGUUUUAUGGGUCUCCAAUGGGUAUUGCUAUGGGAUAUUUAAUUACACCUAAGAUUGUCAAACAAGAUCGUGAGAGUGUUGAAGAAACUGGAAAUGAUUUGUUUCUUUUAUUUCUAAUUAUUGCUAUAGCCACUACAGUUGUGACCGUUUUAAUAUUUGUGUUUUUCCAAGAAGCACCACAUAUUCCUCCAAGCGAGGCACAAAACACGCAAACACAAAAAAGUUCGAAAACAUUACAAUCUUAUAAAAAUUUGCUAACGAAUGGGCCUUUCAUGACUUUACUGUGUGCAUAUGCUUUGAAUAUAGGUGUUUACAAUGCCACGAGUACACUGUUUAAUCCAAUUCUUUUGGAACACUUUGAGGGUGGUGGGGAAUUCGCUGGUCAUAUUGGAGUAGUGUUCAUAUUGUCUGGAAUUUUUAGCACAGUUUUAUUUGGAGUGAUUUUAGAUAAAACGAAAAGAUUUAAAGAAACAACUUUGGGUGCUUACACAAUGACAGCAGUUGGAUUGUUAGCCUAUACAUUUUCAGUAAACUCCGAACAUAAGCUUCUAAUUUUUUUAGCAACGUUUUUAUUCGGCUUUUUUGCAAAUGGAUACAUACCGGUAGCAUAUGAAAUGGGAGUUGAACUAACAUACCCUGAAAGUGAAUUUAAUUCAACUGGUGUUUUAAGCACUGGAUCGCAUACAUUGGGCGGCUUAUUUACAAUAUUUUUUACGUUUUUAUUAAAUCAAACUAAUGGUUUUUGGACAAAUAUGGGUAUGGUGGCAUUUUUAGUAAUUGGAUUAAUUCUUACUAUAUGUACACCAAAUAUUCUUAAACGGCAAAAUGCUUUAAAAAAACAUCUAAUAAGGGAUAAUCCUAAUGUCGAAUUGGCCAUAUUACCCAUUAAAAUGUAAAGCUAAACUUGAUACCAUGACAAAAUUUGAAAGUGAAAUUAAAAUUGAUUAAAAUCGAAGAAGUUAUGAGCAAUCAAAGAUUGAAUUCAAAGGUUAUCCAUCUCCUUCUAGCAAAACAAAGUUUUAUAUGUAAUCUCUAUGGCGAUACUCGAUACUAGUGGGUAUCUUCCUCUUUGUUUAAUGAGGAAUUUUAAACGUUCAUAUCUUACAUAUUAGUAAAGAUUUUGAAAGACCAAGUUCACUUUUCUAUUCGUGAAGACUUCCACCAGGCAAACUCUUGAUCCAUAUUAAGGGUCGUCUUUCGUUUGUAAUUAUGGAAAGAAAAACAAAAUGGAAACAUACCAAAUUAUAUUAAUUGGGUGUUUUUGUGAUAUUGACAUCCGCCAAUUUAUCUGUUUAAUAUCAACCCUAGCCUCAAUUGUUAAAUGUUCUCUUUAUUCUCCAUAAUAUUAUCUACGAUAGUUUCACAAGACCUUUUCACGCUUCUUAGACAAAAUCGCGAUAUCGUACAUCGUUUUGUGAUUCAAAACUUAAAUAGUUAACAGGGCUGUAAUAAGAUCUAAUUAAAAUUAUAAAGAGUACUAUAUUUAAAUAAAAAUUGAAACCGUAUUAGUGAAAGAAUUGAAAUAAUUUCGUCAGAAACGAGGAAAAAACGUCAUAGAAGAAGAAGU